UUGCAGUUAACUUGGAGUAACGAUUUUGAUUUCCUGUAUCAACUGGGAGCCAAUAUUUACACCUAUAUUUUUGAAGCCAAUCCACAAGCUAAAUCUUUAUUUCCAUUUAUUAAAAAAUAUGGUGAAAAUUGGAAAGAAUGCCGAGAAUUUCGAGGUCAAGCUUUAAAAUUUGCUCAGAUUUUAUCGUUAGCUAUUAAACAACUCUAUAGUAUAGAUCAAUUAGUGCCAUUACUGCAUGAGAUUGGUGUUAAACAUUGCAAAUACGCCUAUCGCGGUUUUGAACCGGAACACUGGGACGUCUUUUUGGACGCCAUGGAACAAGCCUUAUCAGAUCAUAUCAAUUGUUUGGAAACCGUUGAAAACAGCCGAAAAUCAGCAGCCGUUGCUGCAUGGCGGACCUUAUCACUAUUUAUAAUCACCCAUAUGAAGAAAGGAUUUCAUGAUGGUUUUAAAAGAGGAUAUAAGUAG